UUGACGUUAGAUAUACCAACGCUAAGCCUACGGCCUACAUAGGUGUAAAUAUACUCUCUUCCCUUCCGCGUCGUAUCCUUCCUAUACGUGUUCCUUCUCACGCUGGCCAUAUUGUGUUAUUGUAAUCUAAUACCACCAUCCAAAUACUAAACAUGGAGUUUAAUGAAAAAGUUGUGAUAAUAACCGGCGCUAGCUCCGGAAUUGGAGCAGCCACUGCUAUACAUUUAUCAAAACAAUCAGCGAAGUUAGCCCUUGUCGGCCGAAAUGAAAAUAAUUUGAAAAGAAUUGCUUUGUAUUGUGAAAAGUCAAAAGGAGAGAAGCCGUUAACCAUCACAGCAGAUAUUACUGAAGACGAAAGCGUAGAGAGAAUUGUGAAAGAAACCGUAGAGUAUUUCGGAAAAUUAGACGUAUUGAUUAACAAUGCAGGAGUGAUUGGUAUGGGUGGUGUAAAAAACUCAAGCAUGGAAACUUAUGAUACAGUUAUGACAACAAAUAUGAGAUCUGUUUAUCAUUUGACUAUGCUGGCAGUACCACACUUAAUCCAAAGUAAAGGUUGCAUUGUUAAUGUUUCUUGCAUCGCUAGCACAAAGCCCAGUACUAUGGCAUUGGCAUAUAACAUCUCUAAGGCUGCUCUGGAUCACUUCACGAAAUGCGUGGCAUUAGAGUUAGCACCAGAUGGUGUUAGGGUUAAUUCUAUUAAUCCAGGAUUUGUGAAAACUAACUUACUGAAAGGUAUAGGUUUAAGCGAAGAUCAAUUAGAAUUGUUUGUAAAAAACGUAGUAGGUAAUAUGCCUUUAAAGAAACCGGUGGAAGGCAAUGAGGUAGCAGCCCUGAUAGCAUUUUUGGCUAGCGAUAAAGCUGCAAGUAUCACUGGAUCUAACUACGUCAUUGACGGAGGAGUCUCACUGCGAUAACAUUUAGCAACCAAGAACAAUCAUUCAAUAUUAUUACGUAGGCACCCUAGUAAAAGUAUUCUGUAUUAAGUAUUACUUUUGUAGCUUCUAGUCAUAGGUGUUAUGUAUUGAAAUUUUAUGAAGCAUGUUGGUGUUAUAAAGAAUACGCAAAUAAAUGUUUUUUUGGGAAACAA